CGGCGCGCUAUACCCCCGGGUCGGUGCGUCCCCGCCAUCCUCCUUCACCGAGGACUGGUGGCCGCCGAGUCCGGUCUGGACCCAUGGUCUCCGGUGCGGCGCCGGGCGGGCGAUGCCAGCAUGCCAGGCUCCCCCGCCCUGUGCCGAGCAGACCCUCUACCUGUGUGAGGACCGACGCUUUGUGGAUGAGGAUGUGAGGAGCCAUGUUUGACCAGGACUGUGGGAAGGUCAGGCUCAUGCUGGAGACUCUUGUGAGGAGAUGAGUUGGUGAGCGGAGAAGCCGGCAUGAAGAUGCUUCCAGGAGUGGGCGUGUUUGGGACCGGCAGCUCUGCCCGGGUUCUGGUCCCACUGCUGAGGGCAGAAGGGUUCACAGUGGAGGCCCUGUGGGGGAAGACUGAGGAGGAGGCGAAGCAGCUUGCCGAGGAGAUGAACAUCACCUUCUACACCAGCCGGACGGAUGACGUCUUGCUGCAUCAAGACGUGGAUCUGGUGUGCAUCAACAUCCCCCCUCCACUCACUCGGCAGAUAUCUGUGAAGGCUCUAGGUAUUGGGAAGAAUGUGGUUUGUGAGAAGGCAGCAACCUCAGUGGAUGCCUUCCGGAUGGUGACAGCCUCGCGCUACUACCCACAGCUGAUGAGCCUGGUGGGGAACGUGCUGCGCUUCCUGCCUGCUUUCGUGCGUAUGAAGCAGCUGAUUGCCGAGCACUACGUGGGUGCAGUGAUGAUCUGCGAUGCCCGCGUCUACUCAGGCAGCCUGCUCAGCCCCAGUUACGGCUGGAUCUGUGACGAGCUCAUGGGUGGCGGGGGCCUGCACACCAUGGGCACCUACAUUGUGGACCUACUGACCCACCUGACUGGCCAGAGAGCUGAGAAGGUACAUGGGCUGCUCAAGACCUUUGUAAGGCAGAAUGCAGCCAUCCGUGGCAUCCGGCACGUCACCAGCGAUGACUUCUGUUUCUUCCAGAUGCUCAUGGGUGGGGGUGUGUGCAGCACAGUAACACUUAACUUCAACAUGCCAGGCGCCUUUGUGCACGAGGGCGACAACGAAGGCAUGUGCGAGGGUCCGUCCCGUAUCUCGGGGCCCAUCCCCCCAGACCCUACGCUCUGUCCUGACUACUACCGGCGGCCCGCCUCGGCCCAAGGGCGCCUUGAGGGAAACGCGCUGAAGUUGGACCUGCUGACCUCGGAACAGGACCUAGACUCCACACCUCCCCUCGGCCCCCGCAUCGGUCCGGGAGCCCGAGAAAUCCUGGAGCGUGGCCGGCAUGGCGUAGUGGGUGUGCUGCUGCAGCUCGAGGGUAUCUCCCUAGGCUCAGGGGCCUCUCCCAAGAGGAAGGACCCUAAAGACCAUGAGAAGGACAACCUGAGGCGGAUCAGGGAGAUCCAGAGGCGCUUCCAUGAGCAGGAGCGUGGCCAGGGUCAGGGCCAGACCAGGCCUCUGAAGGCUCUGUGGCACUCCCCCAAGUACGACAAAGUGGAGUCCCGUGUCAAGGCCCAACUGCAGGAGCCCAGCCCUACUUCUGGAACAGAGCCUGCUCACUUCCUACGGGCACAUUCCCGCUGCGGCCCUGGGCUCCCACCACCUCGUGUCCCCAGUCCUCAGCUAACCCCACCAGGUCCCAGUGCUAAGGGGCCAGGCUCGGGUGUGGAUUUCAUUACCCACAAUGCCCGCACUGCCAAGAGUGCCCCCCGGCGGCAUUCUCGCUCGCUGCAAGUCCUGGCACAGGUGCUGGAGCAGCAACGACAAGCCCAGGAGCACUACAAUGCCACACAGAAGGGUCAUGUGCCCCAUUACUUGUUGGAGCGCAGGGAUGUGUGGCGGCGGGAGGCUGAGGCUCGUCAGAGUAGUCAGCCAGACCCGGCCAUGCCCCCUGGCCACACUCGCAUGCCUGAGAACCAGCGGUUGGAGACACUGAGCAAUCUGCUCCAGAGCCAGAGCCAACUGCUUCGAGAGCUGGUGCUGCUGCCUGCUGGGGCAGAUUCACUGAGUGCCCAGAGCCACCGUGCUGAGCUGGACCAGAAGCUGGUACAGGUAGAGGAGGCCAUCAAGAUCUUUUCCCGCCCCAAGGUCUUUGUGAAGAUGGAUGCCUGAGCCCUUUUAUAGGGGUAGUGAUGGGGUCUCCCUGAGGAUCGCCACAUGGUUGCAAAGGGCAGGAUUGGGCCCCAUUGUAGAGUGGAGCUCGAAGACGGGAGCAGUGGGGUGGGUAGUAUUCCCAGAGCACUCUUCCCAGCCACUGGUGGCUGUGGAAGGGUCAUCCCAGCCUCUUAAACCCUUUGUCAAAAUUAAACCUUUUGUACACAG